ACCCAACUAAUUCCAGAAAGCGGAGUUUUUCGCCUUUCUAGACAGACGGAGAGACCACGGCCUUUGCCAUGGAUUGUCGCGGGCCGCUUUGGGUGCUUUUGUUGGGGAUAUUUCUGAUUUGCUCCGCUCAAAGAAAUGGGGGCCCCGCUGGUCCAGCAGGUCCUGCUGGAGUCCCUGGAAUUGAUGGCAUUGCAGGCGACAGAGGCGAUGAUGGUGAAGAUGGCCCACCUGGUCCCAAUGGAGAUGGGGGUAAAGCAGGCUCUUCAGGACUACCUGGGCUGCCUGGAGCUGACGGAUUGACCGGCCCUGUCGGAGACGCUGGACCAGACGGCCCUGCUGGACAGAAGGGAGAGCCUGGCAAAAAUGGACCUCGUGGCUCAGCUGGUAUUGGCCCAGAUGGAUCCUCUGGACCACCAGGGCCAGGAGGCCUUCCUGGUGAAUUGGGCAAAGUUGGACCUCUCGGAUCCAUGGGUGUGCAAGGACCUCCAGGACCCAGGGGACCCACCGGAGCCAGAGGGGCUGCUGGUGCACAGGGUGGCGCUAUGGAAAUGUGUACCGGUGCCUGCCCAUCUGGGUCAUCUGGCCACCCGGGCCUUCCAGGCAUGAAGGGCCACAAAGGUGGGAAGGGAGAGGCUGGAGAGCCUGGAAAACAAGGACACAAGGGAGAAGAGGGAGAUCAGGGAGCGUCCGGAGAUGUCGGAGCCCAAGGCCCAACGGGCCCUCAGGGAAUCCGGGGAUCCACGGGAAUGAUGGGCCCCAAAGGUGAACUGGGAGCUCGAGGCCAUGACGGAGAUCCGGGUACCCAGGGUGUCCAGGGGGCCACAGGUGACCAAGGCCAGAGGGGAGUGGUGGGAGAGAGAGGUCCCAAGGGAGAUCAAGUAAGACAUCAAAUGAGCAUACUAUACUUGAUUGUUAUUUAUGUGCAGUGGCCUUUGAUGGUUUGUUUACCAAUCAUUUUGCCAAUACUAUUUUCAUUGCACUCCAGGGUGGUCAAGGGUCAAGGGGCAUCACUGGUCUUCCAGGAUCAAAGGGCGAUGGUGGUCUACCUGGUGUGGAUGGCCGUGAGGGUAUACCUGGUAUGCCAGGUUCAAAGGGCAGCUCAGGAAAAUCUGGCACUCCUGGUGAGGUUGGACUUCAGGGACUUCCUGGGUUACCAGGUGUACCAGGACCCAAGGGCAUGGGUGGAGAGAAGGGCGGUUCUGGGGAUCCUGGCCUCCUUGGAACAAUGGGCUCUGCAGGCAAAUUCGGCGAGCGAGGAGAACAAGGAGAAAUCGGCCCGCUUGGACCUAUUGGAAUGCCCGGUGAUGGUGGAGAGCAGGGACCUGAUGGGCCAGCUGGAAAACCAGGUGCCAGAGGGCCCAAAGGUGAUCUCGGCUUGCCUGGCCUUCCUGGACCCUCUGGCCUCCCUGGAGUGAAGGGUGAUAGAGGCGAUGGUGGUGACCUUGGCCCGAAGGGAGAGCAGGGACAACAAGGUGCAGAGGGAACCCCUGGAGACAAAGGAGA